ACCGUCUCUAUAGGUCACAAAAUCAGCCACAUUUGAAGUGCAGUUUCCUCCCGCACUUUAUAAAUUCGCAUUUCAGUACCUUUUUCGUUCAUUUUUAACAAAUCCUCAAAAACUUUCAGAUCGAUUGAGUGAGAGGGAGGGAACAUUGGGAUGUCCAUCUCAGUGCUCAUUUGCACAACAAACCCUAGAAACUUAGAGAGAGAGGAUUUCCACAUCUAGCAACCUGAAAUUUAGAGAGAGAGUGAGAGAGAGGAGGCAUGGGAGUGGCAAACAGUCGUGAGCGCGAGGAACUCUACGAUUCUUCAUCGGAAGAGGAAGAAGAACCAGAAGGGACAGAAGAAGAGGAACCAGAGGAUUCUAGGGUUUCUCCUUUGAAGAACAAAAGCCCUAGCUCUUAUGGUUCUCCUGCAAUUGAAGAUAUUGAUGCGAAACUGAAAGCCCUUCGCCUCAAAUAUGCUCAGAAACCUGUGCCAGAGAACACAGUGAAGCUCUACUUCCAUGUCGGAGGGAGCACCCCAAAGGCCAAGUGGGUCAUCUCGGAUAAGAUCACCAUUUACUCUUUCGUGAAAAAAACUGGCGGUCCAGACUCUGAUUCCGAUGAAAAUGACAAAAGAAGUAGUAAAAUUGGGAAUGAUGGCGCAGCUGAAGGUGAAUGGAUCCUCAAAAUUGGGUCCAAGAUUCGAGCUAGGGUUUCAAACUUGCUCCAGAUGAAGAUGUUUGAUGACCAGCAUCGAGCCGAUUUCGUCUCUGGCGGUGUUUGGGCCCUGAAAUUCUUCACUGUUGAAAGUUACAGGGCUUUUGUUGCAAGGUAUCAGAAUUGCUUGUUUGAGAACACUUAUGGGUUGGAGGCAACUGAUGAGAACAAGAUUAGGGUCUUCGGCAAAGACUUUGUUGGGUGGGUGAAACCGGAGGAGGCUGACGAUUCAUUGUGGGAAGAUGCAGAGGAUAGCUUUGAGAACGUUCCCGUAAAGGAACAAUCAUCUUCAAGCUUCAUGGAGCAGUUAGAGGAGGCGGUUGAUGGUGGUUUGCAAAGCCUUGCAUUGGGUGCGCUUGAUAAUAGUUUUCUGGUUAGUGGGUCUGGUAUUGAGGUCGUAAAGAACUACAGUCAUGGCAUCCAUGGAAAGGGUGUCUCUGUUAAGUACAGGGACAACAACGGAAGUCGUUCCUCUUCUUUUGUGACCCCUAAGAAGGCUUUGUUGAUGAGAGCUGAAACCAACAUGCUUUUGAUGAGUCCCUUUAGCGAGGGCAAACCGCAUGCCAAAGGUCUUCACCAACUUGAUAUUGAAACAGGAAAGAUUGUAAGUGAAUGGAAGUUUGAAAAAGAUGGGGCUGAUAUCACCAUGAGAGACAUUACAAAUGAUAGUAAAGGUGCCCAAUUGGACCCAUCAGAGUCUACUUUCUUGGGAUUGGAUGAUAAUAGGCUCUGCAGGUGGGAUAUGCGUGAUCGAAAAGGAAUGGUUCAACAACUAAAUACCCCUGUUUUGCAAUGGACAGAGGGUCAUCAGUUCUCAAGGGGAACAAACUUUCAGUGUUUCGCAACAACUGGUGAUGGGUCGAUUGUUGUUGGGUCAACGGAUGGGAAGAUUCGCUUGUAUUCAACGACAUCAAUGAGGAUGGCAAAGACUGCCUUUCCUGGGCUUGGGUCGCCCAUUACCCAUGUUGAUGUUACUUACGAUGGGAAAUGGAUAUUGGGUACUACUGAUACGUAUUUGAUUCUUAUAUGCACGGUGUUUACUGAUAAAGAUGGGAGGACAAAGACUGGUUUCAGUGGUCGCAUGGGUAACAAGAUUGCAGCUCCGAGAUUGCUGAAGUUGACUCCUCUUGACUCACACCUGGCAGGAGAGAACAAUAGGUUCCAUGGAGGGCAGUUCUCUUGGAUCACAGAGAAUGGGAAGCAGGAACGUCAUCUUGUCGCAAGCGUGGGUAAGUUCAGCAUCAUUUGGAACUUCCAUCAAGUGAAGAAGAGCGGGCACGAGUGCUAUAGGAACCAGGAAGGCCUCAAGAGUUGCUACUGUUACAAGAUUGUGUUGAAGGAUGAAUCAAUUGUGGAGAGCCGCUUCAUGCAUGAAAGGUUUGCUGUAUCUCAUUCCCCCGAGGCACCUCUUGUUGUGGCCACACCGAUGAAGGUCAGCUCCAUCAGCAUGGCAAACAGAAAGUAACUGUGGGCCUUCUUUGUACCUCCCUGACUUUGUAAUCAAAGAUUCUCUCCUCCCUUGACCCCCCGUCCCCUCCCUCAGAAGUCUUGGAGACUUUUCCUUGCAUGGGUGCUUGUUUUCCAUUUUCUUUAAAACCUAACGCAUGUAUUUUGAUGCUGAUUAUUUAGCAAGUAGCUUGAAGCUGAGUUAUGUUGUAUUUCUUUGAGGUUUAUGUGGGCAAUUAAUGUCUACUUGUUCAA